CAUGGCUGCGGGCGACCUGGGCGAGCUGCUGCUGCCGCACCUGCCGCGCAUCCGCGUGCCGCGCUCCGGGGACCGCGUCUACAAGAGCGAGUGCGCCUUCUCCUACGACUCCCCGAAUUCUGAAGGUGGACUCUAUGUAUGCAUGAAUACCUUUUUGGCCUUUGGAAGGGAACACGUGGAAAGACAUUUUCGAAAAACUGGACAGAGUGUGUACAUGUACCUGAAGAGACACGUGCGGGAGGUAAGAGGAGCCUCAGGUGGAGCUUUACCAAAAAGGAAGAAUUCCAAGAUAUUUUUAGAUCUAGAUACUGAUGACGAUUUAAAUAGCGACGAUUAUGAAUAUGAAGAUGAAGCCAAACUUGUUAUAUUCCCCGACCACUAUGAAAUAGUACUACCAAAUAUUGAGGAGUUACCAGCCCUGGUAACAAUCGCUUGUGAUGCAGUUCUCAACUCAAAAUCUCCGUACAGAAAGCAGGACCCUGACACGUGGGAAACUGAGUUGCCAGUUUCCAAAUAUGCCAAUAGCCUCAUCCAGCUGGACAAUGGAGUCAGGAUUCCUCCCAGUGGUUGGAAGUGUGCUCGGUGUGACCUGCGGGAAAACCUCUGGCUGAAUCUGACGGAUGGCUCUGUGCUCUGUGGCAAGUGGUUCUUUGACAGCUCCUCGGGCAACGGGCAUGCGCUGGAGCAUUACAGAGACAUGGGCUACCCGCUCGCCGUGAAACUGGGAACCAUCACCCCCGAUGGGGCAGAUGUUUACUCUUUUCAAGAAGAGGAGCCUGUUUCGGAUCCUCACUUGGCCACGCACUUAGCACAUUUUGGAAUCGAUAUGCUUCACAUGCAUGGGACGGAGAAUGGACUCCAGGACAAUGACAUCAAGCCGAGGGUCAGUGAAUGGGAGGUGAUUCAGGAGACGGGGACAAAGCUGAAGCCCAUGUAUGGCCCCGGGUACACAGGCCUCAAGAACCUGGGCAACAGCUGCUACCUCAGCUCUGUCAUGCAGGCCAUCUUCAGCAUCCCUGAGUUCCAGCGAGCGUAUGUAGGAAAUCUUCCAAGAAUAUUUGAUUACUCUCCUUUAGAUCCUACGCAAGAUUUCAACACACAGAUGACUAAAUUGGGACAUGGCCUUCUCUCAGGCCAGUAUUCAAAACCUCCUGUGAAAUCUGAACUCAUCGAACAGGUGAUGAAGGAGGAACAUAAGCCUCAGCAGAAUGGGAUCUCCCCACGCAUGUUCAAGGCCUUCGUGAGCAAGAGCCACCCGGAAUUCUCCUCCAACAGGCAGCAGGAUGCCCAAGAGUUUUUCUUGCACCUGGUGAACCUGGUUGAGAGGAACCGCAUUGGCUCUGAAAACCCAAGUGAUGUUUUCCGGUUUCUGGUGGAAGAACGUAUCCAGUGCUGCCAGACCCGAAAAGUCCGCUACACGGAGAGAGUGGAUUACCUGAUGCAGUUACCUGUGGCCAUGGAGGCAGCGACCAACAAGGAUGAGCUGAUUGCCUAUGAGCUGACAAGAAGGGACGCAGAAGCCAACAGGCGACCCCUGCCCGAGCUGGUUCGUGCCAAGAUCCCCUUCAGUGCCUGCCUUCAAGCCUUUUCAGAGCCAGAAAACGUGGAUGAUUUCUGGAGCAGUGCCCUCCAAGCGAAGUCGGCGGGUGUGAAAACAUCUCGCUUUGCUUCAUUCCCGGAAUACUUGGUAGUGCAGAUAAAGAAGUUCACUUUUGGCCUUGACUGGGUCCCCAAAAAGUUUGAUGUUUCUGUGGAUAUGCCGGACUUGCUUGAUAUCAGCCAUCUUCGGGCCAGGGGCUUACAACCAGGGGAAGAGGAACUCCCAGACAUCAGCCCCCCGAUCCUCAUUCCCGAUGACUCCAGAGAUCGCUUGAUGAACCAAUUGAUAGACCCAUCAGACAUUGAUGAGUCAUCGGUGAUGCAGCUGGCAGAGAUGGGCUUCCCUCUAGAAGCGUGUCGGAAGGCUGUGUACUUUACCGGAAAUAUGGGUGCCGAGGUGGCCUUCAACUGGAUCAUAAUUCACAUGGAAGAGCCAGACUUUGCGGAACCCCUCACCAUGCCGGGUUAUGGAGGAGCAGUGUCUGCCUCUAUUUUUGGUGCUACUGGAUUGGAUAACCAACCUCCAGAGGAAGUUAUCAGCAUUAUUACUUCCAUGGGAUUCCAGCGGAAUCAGGCUGUUCAGGCUCUACGAGCUUCGAGUAAUAACCUGGAAAGAGCGCUGGACUGGAUCUUCAGUCAUCCCGAGUUGGAGGAGGACAGCGACUUUGUGAUGGAGAUGGAGAAUAAUGCCAAUGCGAAUAUCAUCUCUGAGGCCAAGCCUGAAGGACCUAGAGUCAAGGAUGGAUCUGGAAUGUAUGAAUUAUUUGCGUUCAUCAGUCACAUGGGAACAUCGACCAUGAGUGGCCAUUAUGUUUGCCAUAUCAAAAAGGAGGGAAGAUGGGUAAUCUACAACGACCACAAAGUCUGUGCCUCAGAAAGGCCCCCCAAAGACCUGGGCUACAUGUACUUUUACCGUCGGAUACCAAGCUAAACCUCAGACCUACAAACAUACAGAUCGGCAAGAAGAAGCCAUACGCCUUUUUAAUUUGCCAAAAAAAAAGAAAAAAAAGAAAAAAAAAGGAAGAUGCUGUUGGUAUCGGUAUCGCCAGACAUGGAGGGAUUUGUGGGGGUAUUUAUAGUUUAUUUAAAGAACAUCAUUUGAAGCCUUCUGAAAUAGAACUGGGACGAAACUUCUAUGAGUGAUGAUACACUACUGUAGAUAUUUUUUUCUUUUUAUAAAUGUUCAAGGAGAGGA